GGACCUCCUUGGCCCCCAAGACCUCUAGAACACCCUACAUCUUCAUGACUCAUCAGGCCUCUCUCCGAUGAUUGAAACAAUCUUGAAAGCAUGUUCGCCAUCAUCAAACAUGGAGACAAUCAGGAGUUUCUGAUCAAUAUCAAUUGCUCCGUUCGGGUGUUGAUGCAUUAUAUCCGCAAGAAAUUGAGGUUGCCUAAAAAAGGCAGCAUUGAUUUGUGUGAUGAAAUGGGGACAAUGAAGUUGUUUUUCCUGCUGAAGACCCCCGAAGACUAUGCCAGCAAAUUCCUUACAGCCCGAAGCACCUACUAUGUUUGUAAGGUGGAGCGUGGGGCACCAGGAACCCGAAUUGAGGAUUCCUACAGGGCUUUUGUGCCCCUCUUGAAGAAUCCAGAGCCUGAGAUGUUAGAGGCGCUGCGCACACAAUGUGACCUCCUAGAGCAGAGCCGACUGAAGACAAUUAGAAUCCAAGAAGCCAAGAAAGUCGUUAUAAUUGAGUCCACCGUGAACCUGCCAUCUAAAGCCGGAAAAACAGAGCAAGAGGGCCCCGCUCGCAGAAGUCCGCUCAGGACCAGAGCAGACUUUGUCAGUAGGAGGGAUAAACGUCGUUAACUAAAUAAACUGAUCACGUGA